UUCUGUCAUUUUAUUGUCCGCUGUCACAUAAUCACCUCCUCACACAUUUGGACUGCAAGUUGUUUUUAUAUAGUUUUUGAAUUAUUUCUAAGUAAAUUGCGAGUUAAAACUGUCAUUAGGAUGUUAGCUCGCGCUAUCCGAGUGCGUCCUAUGAUGCGAGGCAUCGCCUCGACGUCGGCAUGGUCCAUAAACCGGCCUACUCACAGCUCCCUUAUCCAUCUUCACCGUAAUCGGACGACGCACUUGCAGCGCUCCUACGGCGCCAAUCUGAUGGUGCAACGCUUCUACGGCCGAAAGCGUGAUGAUGCUGAUGAAGUGGACCGACAGAGCAUAGAACUAAUGGCCGAGCGGCAUUCGCAGCUGCCGGCUACACUGGUCGUUCCGGACGUGUGGCCACACGUCCCGAUGUUGGCAAUGAGCAAGAAUCCACUUUUUCCGCGCUUCAUGAAGAUUGUGGAGGUUUCCAAUCCGAUUGUCAUGGAAUUGCUGCGACGCAAAGUUAAACUUAACCAACCCUAUGUGGGCGUCUUUCUCAAAAACGAUGGCGAGGAGGAGCUCAUCCACAACUUGGAUGAAGUCUAUAGUAUCGGCACUUUUGCUCAAAUUCAGGAGCUGCAGGAUCUGGGCGACAAGUUGCGCAUGGUUGUUGUUGCUCACCGACGCAUUCGGAUCACUGGACAGGUUAUCGAGGAUCUGCCAUCUCCCAAGCCCGCUGAAGAUCAAUCUACUGAUCAAGCCGAGGCAGCGCCAGUGAAGUCGCGACACGAGUCCACCCGUAAGCCCCGUGGCCGCGUCCCAAGACGACAGGCUGGAAAAUUAAACGAAUCGGCUGCCCAGGAGGAAAUGGUUCAGAAAGAAACACUGGAGCCGCCAUUGAGGUCAGGCAAAGUCGAGCACGUGAGUGUGCCCAAGCCACCCACGGAGGAAAAUAAAUUGGAAGCCGAGGCUAUUGCUGAGGCUGAUGGUGAAGGAGUUGCCGAAAAAACAACGACGAGUCCACUGCCAGUACUUAUUGUGGAAGUUGAAAACAUUAAGCAACCGAUCUACAAGCAAACCGAAGAAGUUAAGGCCUUGACCCAGGAAAUAAUCAAGACUCUUCGGGAUAUUAUUACAAUGAAUCCCUUGUAUAGGGAGAGUCUCCAGCAGAUGCUGCAUCAGAACCAACGAAUUGUUGACAAUCCAAUUUAUCUUUGCGAUUUGGGUGCUUCCCUGUCGGCUGGCGAGCCCGCUGAGCUUCAAAAGAUCCUCGAAGAAACGGAUAUCCCAGAACGCCUGCAGCUGGCAUUGACUCUGCUGAAGAAGGAGCUAGAACUGUCGCGACUGCAGCAAAAGAUUGGUCGCGAAGUGGAAGAGAAGGUCAAGCAGCAGCACCGUAAAUAUAUACUUCAGGAGCAGCUGAAGGUAAUCAAAAAAGAACUGGGCAUCGAAAAAGACGACAAGGACGCCAUUGGCGAAAAGUAUCGCGAAAAACUAAAGGAUAAAACUGUUCCUGAAGGCAUAAUGACAGUGAUAGACGAAGAGCUUACCAAGCUAAACUUCCUGGAGAGUCACAGCUCUGAGUUCAAUGUAACUCGAAACUACCUCGACUGGCUUACUUCCCUGCCCUGGGGAGUCAUAAGCACCGAAAACCUCUGCCUAGAUAAGGCCACGGAGAUCCUGAACAAAGACCACUAUGGCAUGGAGGACAUUAAGAAACGUAUUUUGGAAUUCAUUGCCAUCAGUUCCCUAAAGGGCACGACUCAGGGAAAGAUAUUGUGCUUCCAUGGUCCACCCGGAGUGGGCAAGACCAGUAUAGCCAAGUCCAUCGCUCGGGCCUUGAACCGAGAGUACUUCCGCUUCAGUGUGGGCGGAAUGACAGAUGUGGCCGAAAUCAAGGGACACCGACGCACCUAUGUCGGCGCCAUGCCAGGCAAGUUGAUUCAGUGCCUGAAGAAGACCAAGAUCGAGAAUCCACUGGUGCUCAUCGACGAGGUGGACAAGAUUGGCAAGGGUUAUCAGGGCGAUCCAAGCUCGGCUUUGUUGGAACUCCUCGAUCCUGAACAGAACUCCAAUUUCCUGGACCACUAUCUCGACGUUCCGGUGGACUUGUCGCGUGUGCUCUUCAUCUGCACGGCCAACGUGAUCGACACCAUCCCCGAGCCCCUGCGGGAUCGCAUGGAACUGAUUGAGAUGUCUGGAUAUGUGGCGGAGGAAAAGAUCGCUAUCGCUCGUCAAUACCUGAUGCCGCAGGCUAUGAAAGACUGCGGAUUGACGGAAAAACAGAUAAACAUCACCGAGGACGCAUUGAACAUGCUGAUUCGCAGUUAUUGCCGAGAAUCCGGCGUUCGCAAUCUGCAGAAGCAUAUCGAGAAGGUCAUUCGCAAGGUGGCCUUCCGGUUGGUCAAGAAGGAGGGCGAGAACUUCCCGGUCAACGCGGACAAUCUGACGACAUUCCUGGGCAAGCAGGUAUUUAGCUCAGAUCGUAUGUACGAAACAACGCCGGUGGGCGUUGUCAUGGGUUUGGCGUGGACGGCCAUGGGAGGCUCAUCGCUCUACAUCGAGACUUCCAAGCGCCAUAUUCGUUAUCCAGAGAAACCAGAAUCGCCUGCUGCUGGUGGCACAUUGCACAUUACCGGCAAUCUGGGAGAUGUCAUGAAGGAGUCGGCCCAAAUUGCGUUGACCGUGGCGCGAAACUUUUUGUUCUCGCUGGAUCCAAAGAAUCUAUUCCUGGAGCAAGAGCACAUACACGUACACGUGCCUGAGGGCGCAACACCCAAAGACGGGCCCAGCGCUGGCAUCACCCUGAUCACAGCCCUGGUCUCUUUGGCCAGGGGAAUGCCCGUGCGGCAAGAUGUGGCGAUGACUGGAGAAGUGUCGCUGAAGGGAAAAGUUCUGCCCGUUGGAGGCAUCAAAGAGAAGACUAUUGCCGCUCGUCGUAGUGGUGUCAACUGCCUUAUUUUGCCCGUCGAUAACAAGAAGGACUUUGAAGAGCUGCCUUCGUAUAUAACCGAGGGACUAGAGGUGCACUUUGCCUCCACCUACGACGACGUCUACAAAAUAGCCUUCUCCGAAGCUACCAAAACGACGAGCAAAGCCGAAGUCGAGCAUGAGCCUCCACUGCGAAAGGUUUCCAGUGCGGUCGCAGCCAAGCCGGUGACUUGGCAUUAACUAUAGUCUUAGCUAGGGGGUUGUUCCGGGGUUCUGGUGUGCAUAUUUUUAAUAUUGACAUCAAUCGUUAUCAGGUUAAUUCGUGUAUUUAGGUCGUAGCAUUUGUUAAACAUAAUGCCAAGUAAAUUGAAUGCACUGACAAACAA